AAGACGCUCAUUCACCGGCGCAGCUGUCACCAUAACAACCGAAGCGAGGGAAUCCUGGCUACUGCCGGGGCGGGGAGCGGGGGCGGCGGUCGCAGGAGGGACCCGGCGCGGGCGGGACCGCGGCGGUCGGGGGACACCAGCCGCGUCGGAGCGCCCAGCACGCCCCGCGCUCCGCCGAGCCCCGCUCCAUGCAGACCCGCGGGCGGGAGGGAGCCACGCACAUCGCCGCCGCGGCCGUCCCCAAGGGGCGGUGACCGAGCCUGCCUCGGAGCCGCCGAACGCCCACGCCGGGGACCCUGACUCUAUGGCCCCGGGGGAGCGCGCCGGAGCCGCCGCGCCGCCCACCCCCAGCCGGAACCCGAGCGUCCGGGGGAGCAAGCGGGGAGCCCCGGGCGUCCCCGGCCCCGGCCCAGGGCCCUGCUUGUGGCCCCCGCUCCCGCCACGGGGCAUGGGAGGCAGGUAGCCCCGCUCGCGCCAGGACACCCGUGGCAGGCGGGACUCGCCAAGGACCGCGAAGUCCAGAGAAAGGAAGCAGAGGAGAGGCCAGCCCGCCCCCGGCCGCAGCCCCAGCAGCGCCCUCCCCCGCCGGCGCGCACCCGCGCGCGCACACUCGCACACCGCACCUCAGCUCCUGCCGGGCCUCGCCCCCACCCGCGAGCGCCGAACCCCCUGGGGCCGGAUGCCAUGGGUAACAACUUCUCCAGUAUCCCCUCGCUGCCCCGAGGAAACCCGAGUCGCGCGCCGCGGGGCCACCCCCAGAACCUCAAAGACUCUAUCGGGGGCCCCUUCCCCGUCACUUCUCACCGAUGCCACCACAAGCAGAAGCACUGUCCGGCGGUGCUGCCCAGCGGGGGGCUCCCAGCCACGCCGCUGCUCUUCCACCCGCACACCAAGGGCUCCCAGAUCCUCAUGGACCUCAGCCACAAGGCUGUCAAGAGGCAGGCCAGCUUCUGCAACGCCAUCACCUUCAGCAACCGCCCGGUCCUCAUCUACGAGCAAGUCAGGCUGAAGAUCACCAAGAAGCAGUGCUGCUGGAGCGGGGCCCUGCGGCUGGGCUUCACCAGCAAGGACCCGUCCCGCAUCCACCCUGACUCGCUGCCCAAGUACGCCUGCCCCGACCUGGUGUCCCAGAGUGGCUUCUGGGCCAAGGCGCUGCCUGAGGAGUUUGCCAAUGAGGGCAACAUCAUCGCAUUCUGGGUGGACAAGAAGGGCCGUGUCUUCCACCGCAUCAACGACUCGGCUGUUAUGCUGUUCUUCAGCGGGGUCCGCACGGCCGACCCGCUCUGGGCCCUGGUGGAUGUCUACGGCCUCACGCGGGGCGUCCAGCUGCUUGAUAGCGAGCUGGUGCUCCCGGACUGUCUGCGGCCGCGCUCCUUCACCGCCCUGCGGCGGCCGUCGCUGCGGCGCGAAGCGGACGACGCGCGCCUCUCGGUGAGCCUAUGCGACCUCAACGUGCCGGGCGCGGACGGCGACGAGGCCGCGCCGGCCGCCUGCUGCCCCAUUCCGCAGAACUCACUCAACUCGCAGCACAGCCGCGCGCUGCCGGCGCAGCUCGACGGCGACCUGCGUUUCCACGCCCUGCGCGCCGGCGCGCACGUCCGCAUCCUCGACGAGCAGACGGUGGCGCGCGUGGAGCACGGGCGCGACGAGCGCGCGCUCGUCUUCACCAGCCGGCCCGUGCGCGUGGCCGAGACCAUCUUCGUCAAGGUCACGCGCUCGGGUGGCGCGCGGCCGGGUGCGCUGUCGUUUGGCGUCACCACGUGCGACCCUGGCACGCUGCGGCCGGCCGACCUGCCCUUCAGCCCUGAGGCCCUGGUGGACCGCAAGGAAUUCUGGGCCGUGUGCCGCGUGCCCGGGCCCCUGCACAGCGGCGACAUCCUGGGCCUGGUGGUCAACGCCGACGGCGAGCUGCACCUCAGCCACAAUGGCGCGGCUGCCGGCAUGCAGCUGUGCGUGGACGCCUCGCAGCCGCUCUGGAUGCUCUUCGGCCUGCACGGGACCAUCACGCAGAUCCGCAUCCUCGGCUCCACCAUCCUGGCCGAGAGGGGUAUCCCAUCACUCCCCUGCUCCCCUGCCUCCACGCCAACCUCGCCCAGUGCCCUGGGCAGCCGCCUCUCUGACCCCUUGCUCAGCACUUGCAGCUCUGGCCCUCUGGGUAGCUCUGCUGGCGGGACAGCCCCCAACUCGCCAGUGAGCCUGCCCGAGUCGCCAGUGACCCCAGGUCUGGGCCAGUGGAGCGAUGAGUGCACCAUUUGCUAUGAACACGCGGUGGACACGGUCAUCUACACAUGUGGCCACAUGUGCCUCUGCUACGCCUGUGGCCUGCGCCUCAAGAAGGCUCUGCACGCCUGCUGCCCCAUCUGCCGCCGCCCCAUCAAGGACAUCAUCAAGACCUACCGCAGCUCCUAGCCCGUUGCGAUGGCCCAUCCCGCACACCCAUCUCCUCGGGCUUCAGCCCAGCCCCAGCUGAGGAACAAGCCAGUGGGGCCCCUUCUCUUCCUCAUUUUGGAAACUUUUCCUCCUCCAUUAAACAUGGGAAACUGAGGCCCUUGAAGGUUUGGGGAGAAGGGUGUAUCAGGCAGGGAGGGGGCAGAGGCAAAUCGCCGGGCAGAGGGAGGGGAGGAGAGGAGGCCACACUCUCCCUGUCUCUCCCAUCUCUGCACCCAGCUCUUCUCUGCAUGCUGAGGGCUAAAUUGGGAUCUCAGCCCGCCCUAAUCUUUCCCCAUCUGAGGCAGGUUUCUAGGAGGUGUCUGUAGUCCAUGUGGCACCUUUGUGAGAAUUAGAAAACAUGUACCUUCCUCUGGGCAGCUGCAGCCCUGAGCCAGGGCAUGUGGCCUGGCUAGUGCAGUGUGGACUGGAUUUUAGGCUCAUUUGCCCCCUCAGCCAACUGCCCUUGAGCAGUGUACAGCCUGCUCAACAACCGCCCUGGGCAGGCCGCUCUUGAGCUGCUGUCUCCCUCUCUGACCUAUGCCUACCUUCUCUUUCCUCGUUCCCUGCCCACUGGGCAUGGCAGCUGGGGGUGAGAGGCUGGUGGGUGCCUCCCGUUCUGGGCAGGCUGCAGCCUCAUGCCAUGUCUCUCUCCCACUACCCGAUGGGCACAUGGACAGGCUGCAGAGGGCUCCAGGUUCUGGGCCCCUGGCUGAGAAGGGGAGGACCCUGUCCUGGCUGUAGCCUUCCUGCCCCAAUCAUCUCGCUGGAUGCCGUUGCCCAGGGGUAGCCCUUCGGUAUGGGCUGGGGAAAAGGGUUGGUCUUCUGCCAGGGUCCCUAAGAACAGGUUUGCAGCUACCCUCUCUGACCUUUUCCCCACAUCUUGUGCUGUCCAGGGCCUAGGCUGAUAGUCAGAGCCUGUGGCACACCUGGGAUGGGCCAGGGCACUGGGUGGGGAGGUGUGGGUUCCCUGGGCCAAGACCAGCCUUUUUCCUCAGCUUAAUUAAUUUAUUUAUUUGGUUUGUGGUUUUGGGUUUUUUAUUUGUUUGUUUGUUUGUUUGUAGGUGAGUUCCCAUCCUCUGGGCCCCUAGAAAUGCUGCCCUUGUGUGUGGGGUACCUGGGAAAGGGUACGGCUGAGG